ACAAAAUACGUAACCAGGCAUUCGGUUGAUACGCAUAUAGAGUGACUUCGUUUGUUGUUUAGCUAAAGUGUUCCGACAUGCUUUGGAGACAUCACAAAAAGCUUACGUGAUGCAGGUGAGUGACGUGCUGUCAGGAUUUUAGGUUCAUUGUGACUGAUUACCUUCUUAGGCCAAUAAUAUGACUUUUUCUGAUGUCAGUGAGAAUGUUCGUAGACGUAGGGCCACUGUGAACUUGUCACGUUCCCUUGGUUGUCACAGAACCACUUAUAAUCGGAGGUGGAAUAAAAUGAGAGCUGCUUUAAUGAAAAAAUAUCACUUUCUUUCGUUCAGUGAGUUCGCUAAUGAAAGCACCCUAAAAGGUAACUGAGUUUAACAAUGUUGUUUACUUAAUUGAUAGAAGUAAAGAGAGAAGUCAGUUGUAAUGAAAGUACUUCGACUAGUACCCCGUCCACUAGCAACAUCAAUCAAAGGCUUUCACAUAAUAGUGGUAUGAACAUUAAAUUCGUACGUGAAUAUCUAUCUUAUAGGACAUAAUGAAGUGAACUUGUGCUCUCAGAAGUUCGUGAAUCGCAAAGAACUGGUGAACGGCUUCAUGAUGUAUCUAAUAUCAAAUACAUCUCUGAACAUAAGAGAUGCUGAUCGGGUUCUGUAUGGUCUAAGAUUUCUUAUCCCGGACAUACUGAAAAGCAUCAGAGAUGUUCUGAAGACAUGUCAAAGUGUUCAACCAAAGUUCAUCCGCAGUGGGGUUUACUACCAUCUAGGAUUGAAAACCAAUCUGCUAAGAUACGUUGACCUUUGGUUGUGUACUACUGAUUUUGACUCUUUAAAGUUAUAUGUCAAUGUAGAUGGACUUUCUAUGUCUAGAAGCUCCAAUCAACAGUUAUGGCCUAUACUUGGACGGAUCAUUGCCCCUCGGCUUAGUGACGUGUUCAUGAUAGGGAUCUACGGAGGGAAUAGUAAGCCGGCAGAAUUCAACGAAUUUUCUGCGGACACAAUUUCUGAAAUAAAAGAAAUGACUGACGUGGGUCUUUUUAGUGUUAAGUUUUAUAAAUGUAUAGCUAUUAGGUUGGCGGCUGUUAUAUGUGACGCACCUGCUCGUUCUUCUGUUAGGUACACGGUAAACCACAACGGUAAGGCAGGUUGCGAUAGGUGUAUUGUAGUUGGGAGACGGCUGGAGGGGAAAACGACCUUUCCAAAUGGAGUAUAUACUUUAAGAACAGAUGACACUUUCCGUCGUCAGACUCAAUCAAUUCACCAUCAAGGACAUUCUAUAAUGGAAACGCUUUCUAUUAAUAUGAUCGUUACUUUUCCUCUAGAUCCUAUGCACAUGGUGUACCUUGGUGUUACCAAAAAACUAGCUAAUUUAUGGAUAGAUUUAGCACGCCGAAGACUGCGGAACUUUAACUCAUGUGCAAUUCGGGACAUAAAUAAUUUAAUAUCUGGUUGUGUGGCAAGUACUCCUUCUGACUUUCCCCGUAAAUGCCGUACACUAGACUUUGUAUCGGCAUGGAAAGCUUCUGAAUGUAGGUUGUUCCUUCUGUAUUUGGGCCCGGUGAUUCUUGAAAAGACAUUGCCACAACCUUUUUAUCUUAAUUUCCGGCGUUUAGCGUUAUCCAUGUAUCUGCUUGCACAUCCCAAAUUACAUAAAACUUUUGUAGAAACCGCCAAAAUAGAUUUACUAAACUUUCUGAAUGAAUACGAAUGGUGUUAUGGGUGUGAUAUCUCCAAUCGCCAAUUCAACACAAUGCACGUUUUACAGCUGCAUACGAAGUGCCUUAACUCAUCGCUUUUUGUCAUCCUCUGUCAACGAGAAAGACCUUGGUAAGCUCUACGACAUCGCGACACAAGGUUACUUUCACGACAUCCGAGACAAGAUGAUAAAACGAAAUAGGAGAAAAGAAAAUCAGUUACAGUCAACAAUACUAACAAACAUAACCAAUUCACAGGACGAAUACCUCAAUUCUGAUUAGUCCGUGCAAUUGUUUUGAUGUUGUACCUCGAUUUCAAUAAACAUUAUUCUUUCAAACAGCUUACUCUUUUACCUACAUGGGAAACUGUUGAAGUGUUGAGAAUGUGUGUUUGAGUUUCAGUGAACUUUUGAUUAAAUGCACAUUUCUUAUGAAUAAAUUAUAACCUGUUCGUUCUUUUUCAGAUAAUUUCAAAUAACAAUGAAUUAGCAAUUGCAUUGCAUAUGCAUAACAAUCGAUGCUUCAGCUUGUGCUCUACUGUUGUACAAUAAUACGCUUUUCUUUUUCAAUAAAAUUUUUGAAAUAUUUA